GAUCGGUUCAACGUGUGCGUGUGGCCCGCGAACAUUGAAGUGCGGGACAGCGGCAACCAGUUCUUUGCCCCCGGCUUCCACGGCAAUUUGUGGGAGUCGAACGACCCCGCGUUCGAUUAUGUGAUCGUCCUCCCGUACAUGUACGCCGAGGUCGUGGCCACUUGCAUCGGCCACGACGAUCGUGACCGCACGAGCAUUGUGACGUUCACGUGCCGCGAUUUCCCAGGAUGGACCCAUAUGUCGGAGGUGCCGUGGUCGACAACUUGGGGGUUCAUGGAGAGGAUGGUGAUGGCGUCGCGUUCGUUUCCCCGCCACCGCGAUCUGUUGUUCGAUGCCGACGACGACCAGCCCUCCAACCGAAUGCACGUGGGCCCGUCGUUCGGCCUGCGCGCGUCGGCGCGCCGCCGUCUCUGA